UCUUGGUGGAAUAGGAAGGGGGAGAAGGCGUGGAGUUGUUGCUUGUUUAUGAAUGGGAAGGAGGUGGUUGGUGGUGGUAGUUUUCUGAAACUAAAAGUUUUGAAGAUUAGAUGGAUAAAAGGGAGGUGGUGGCGGUGGGAUUACGAAAACGUCAAAUUAGUCAGUUUUGGAAUUUGGAACCCUCAAGUGUCAAGGUGGGCUGGCCAAGUAAUGGAAGGACUAAGGAGGAUAGGAUCUGAUCGUGUGUUUGCUUGUUUUUUCUAAGGAGAUUAGGGAAUGGAUCUGCAAGCGUGGUUCUAAGUAUCUAGCAUUUUAAUCCUGUUUCCUGUAUCGUGUAGUUCUUGAAAGAUCAGACUUUAUUCAUAAAUGGCUUGAAGCAGCAUCCUUAGAUGCAAUGUUAAAAGCGGUAGCUCGUGGGCUGUUGAUUUCUUCUUUCGUCCUCUCUGUUUCCGCCAUUGAGAGUGGGUACGGCCGCUGUAACUGCGAUGAAGAAGGCUUCUGGAGUGUGGAGAACAUCCUAGAAUGCCAGAGAGUGAGUGAUUUCCUGAUCGCUGUGGCCUACUUUUCCAUCCCUAUUGAGCUCCUUUACUUCGUUAGCUGCUCCAACGUCCCCUUCAAAUGGGUACUUUUUCAGUUCAUCGCCUUCAUUGUCCUCUGUGGGCUGACCCAUUUGCUCAAUGGCUGGACUUAUGCUCCACACUCAUUCCAGCUGAUGCUGGCCCUCACGGUAGCCAAAUUCCUCACUGCUGUGGUCUCCUGUGCCACUGCCAUAACCCUUAUAACCCUUAUCCCUCUGCUCCUCAAAGUAAAGGUCAGAGAGCUAUUCUUAAAGAAGAAGGCUUGGGAGCUCGAUAGAGAGGUUGGAAUGAUGAAGAAGCAGAAGGAAGCAAGUUGGCAUGUCCGAAUGCUGACCCACGAGAUAAGGAAGUCACUUGAUAGGCAUACGAUAUUGUACACCACUCUGGUUGAGCUUUCUAAGACUUUGGACCUGCAGAAUUGUGCAGUAUGGAUGCCCAAUGAGAACAAAACGGAAAUGUUCCUCACUCAUGAGUUGAAGGGAUCUUCCAAUUCCUACUGUAACUCUAUACCAGUCUGUGAUCUGGACAUCCAAAAGGUCAAGGAGAGUAAGGGAGUGAAGAUCCUCGGGGCUGACUCGGCCCUUGGGAUGGCGAGCAGUGGUGGUUCUGGUGAGCCGCCGGGGGCAGUUGCGGCAAUACGGAUGCCAAUGCUGAGGGUAUCAAACUUCAAAGGGGGUACACCGGAGUUAAUUCAGCAGUGUUAUGCAGUACUGGUUUUGGUUCUUCCAAAUACACCAGCUAGAGUUUGGAGUUUCCAUGAACUGGAGAUAGUUGAGGUGGUUGCUGAUCAGGUAGCUGUUGCGCUCUCCCAUGCUGCGGUUUUAGAAGAAUCUCAACUUAUGAGAGAGAAACUGGUGGAGCAAAACCGGGCACUGCAACUGGCUAGGAAGAAUGCUAUGAUGGCGAGCCAAGCAAGGAACUCGUUCCAGAAGGUGAUGAGCCAUGGCAUGAGGAGGCCAAUGCACUCAAUCUUGGGUCUACUUUCUAUGAUUCAGCAUGAUAAUAUGAAUAGUGAACAACAGAUCAUCGUUGAAGCAAUGAUGAAGACCAGCAGUGUUCUGUCGACUUUGAUAAAUGAUGUCAUGGAGAUCUCAAAUACAGAUAGGGGAAGGUUUCCAUUAGAAAUGAGAUCUUUCCGGCUACAUCCGAUGGUGAAGGAAGCAGCUUGCCUUGCCAAGUGUCUCUGUGUUUGUAAAGGUCUUGAUUUCUGCAUUGAGGUUGAGAACUCGGUGCCUGACUGGGUCCUGGGUGAUGAUAGAAGAAUUUUUCAGGUGAUUCUGCAUAUGUUUGGGAAUCUUUUGGGUGGGUGUCAUGGAGGAGAAUCUAUAACCUUCCGGGUCCUUUCGGAGAUUGGAAAUGCAGGAAGUAAUGAGAAACAGUGGGCUAUUUGGAGACCAGAUUCAUCAGAUGGGUACGCUUUUAUAAAGUUUGAAAUUGGGAUUGACAAUGGUUGUUCUCAAUCAGAAGGCUCAGUUUCAAUGAUGCAGCUUGCAAAUAGGAGACACAACAGUGAGGGGAUUGAAGGAGGCCUUAGUUUCAGCAUGUGCAAAAAACUUGUCCAGAUGAUGCAUGGCAACAUCUGGGUUAUCCCAAGCACUCGAGGUCUUGCACAAAGCAUGACACUCAUCCUUAAGUUACAGAGACAAAGUCCAGUUGGGAGGGGAGUCUUUGAACCACAAGGAUCGUCAGAGCAUAUAUUUUCAGAUUUCAGAGGUCUUCAAGUUUUAUUGGCUGAUGAUGAUGAUGUAAACAGGGCUGUGACUAAGAAGAUUCUUGAGAAGCUCAGUUGCCGUGUGUCUGCUGUAUCAUCAGGGUUUGACUGCCUGAGUGCUCUCGGUCCCUCUGGGACUAGAUUUGAAAUUGUUAUUUUGGAUCUCCACAUGCCUGAUAUGGAUGGGUUUGAUGUUGCGAUGAGGAUUCGAAAGUUCCGAAGCCGGAAUUGGCCAUUGAUUGUAGCACUGACUGCUAGUGCCGAUGAAGGUUUGUGGGAAAGAUGCCUGCAAGUUGGGAUGAAUGGUAUGAUUCGAAAACCAGUUCUGCUACAAGGAUUUGCAGAUGAGCUGCAGAGAAUCCUGCAACAGGCAAGCAAAGGUGUGUGAAGAAGUUGCAAGUUAAAAUAUUCACAUCAAGCACUCAAUAUUCUUACCAACCUUGUGGCUGUGGGGUUCUUUACCAAAUAAACGAACAACCAUGAUCAGCUUCAGUUCCCUAGAGAUUCAGGAUGCAUAGGGGAUGUUACACUCACAAGGUUCAUACUCAAAAUUGUAUACAAAAAAUUAGGUCUUUUGCUUUGCCCCGCCAAUUUCUCAUAUUGAGUUUCAUAAUAACCUUAAGGGCAAAUCAACAUUUUACUAACAAUUAAAUGGAAAUUAUUGAUAUACCCAUCCAUUUAAAAGUGCGAAUGUGCUGUAUAAAA